AACGAAGUCAGAAGGGAACAUGGCCACUUGCAGCCUUUUCCCAUGGGUUCAGCUAUUCUGUUUCUUUAGCCUGCUGCACAGAGGGAUUUUCUUGGUGGAUCAUAUGCCCAUGCUUCUGUGGUCAACAGACAGAUCUCUUCAAGGCUUGGCAAGUACUUUACACGAAGGACACAUUAUCUCCGAGCUUGAGCUGCAUAUGUUACUGCAACACACUAUUUCUCAGCAUUCCAGAAACCUUGUCAUCUUUCUUCAGGAUAUGCUUAGUGUGGAUGACUUCACACGUUAUGCAGGCUCCUCUGGAAAUGAGACAACAUUUCUCAAUGUUCAGGAGCUACUUAAAGCUUCUUCAUCCUCUUUAGUUUUACCAGCUGUUGACUGCCUGGCUGUCAAGCAUCUAACAGAAUACCUUCAGAGAACUCUGAAUUUGCCUUUGGUGAACAUAAAUGGCCCUGAAACAUCAUAUCUAAUGGUGAAUGCAUCCAAACCCAAUCUAUUUGUGAUCAGGUUACAACCAACCAGGAGAAAAGACAAACCUGCUACUUUAAAGGCAUUGAUGGAAAAUGACAAAAUAAUUGGAAGGAUUACCAAGGCUAUGCAACAACAAAGAGUUCAUUCUUUGAUGAUUUACACUGCAAGGCAACCAUCAAAGGUACCAGUGCAGUUUAACAUAGCUGGGCACAGUAGACGACAACUGAUGUCAGCUGAAAUGCAAGAUAACCGUCUCUAUGCUCCAGUGUAUGCACUCAAUGGGACUCAACCAUGCAUCCUUUUUUAUGCCACUAAUUUCAGCCUCAUAACCAAAAAAGGUGAUCUUGUUGAUCUAUCCAAUCUAACAUUUGGGUCUUCCAAUGUGGAUACCAGUUCAUCUGAAUGUCUGCCCACCAAUGCCACAUUGUCAUUACAAUACACGAACCUAGGGCCUGGGAUCAACAGCCUGGAAAUCAGGUUUGUGAUGACCAACAAGUUCUAUGAAGGCUCUGCUCGAAACUGGUUCACUUUAGAUUCUGUUGAAAUUGUACAAAAUGGGACUACUGCUAAAUUUAGAGUCUCCAUCAUCUCUAGUCCUGUGGAGUAUUCAUUUCAUUGCCAGCUGGUGGGAACAAGAAGCCAGUAUGGCGCACGUCUAAUUCCACUGGAUGAUAAAGAGAAAACCUGGGACGUUGUCAUUUCUGAUUUCCAAAUCCAAGCUUUCAGCGUUCAAAACAUCACCUUUUCAUAUGCAAGUGACUGCACAUCCUUCUUCACCCCUGCAAUCUGGAUGGCUCUGGUGACCUCACUAGUUUUGCUACUGAUCCUCACUUAUGGAAUCCAUAUGAUUGUACAUCUCACAACAAACAGUAGAUUUGAUAACCCCAAAGAUCCACGUCUUUCCAUUCCAGAGACUGAAUAAUUGCAUAUAUACAUUUAGUGUAAUAGUUAAUGCUUUUCAUACCUAAUAAUAUAGAAGAAAACACAAGUAAAGUUAUGCACAAUGUGUAAGCUUUGGACAGUGGAAUGUGUUUAAAAAAGUGAUUGUUAGUAGCAGUGAUAAUUCUGCCAGCUGUUACCUCUUUAUAAUAGCUGCUGGAAUGAAGGUCUUGAGGCAAACCUGAAUACCACUCACAGUAGCUGCCAGCCAUUAAGACCAGUAGUCAAUGCCAACUGCUUCAUAAUUGCUAUUUGGAAAUUGUAUUAUAAAGAUAGAAAAGGAUUUUAAAGAAAUUACAUAUUGAAUUUUUAAUAUCUGUUUUAAAGGCAAGUUCUUUCCAAAUAUUAUGGUCAAGAAAAGCAUAGAAAAUGAACUGAAGAGGUAAAAUUAAUUGGUGAACCCACUGUGUAUAAUCACAUUUUUAGAUUUAUAUGUUAGCUUUCUCUAUUUUUUAACAUCCCCCCACAAUGAACUACAUCUGGAACAUCAUUUUCUAAAAAGACACAAUUUAUAUCACUUUCACAUCUGUUACCCAAAGAGCAAUUGUGAUCUUGGAAAGCUGCCAUUCUCACAGCAAUGAAGCACUGAAUAUAUAUCAGACCAUUUUGUAGGGCUAAUGUCCAUGCAGAUGUUGCCACUCUCAGAUUCCAAAAAUCCCUUACUCCAUAGGAAAAUGUGAUUGCUUGUAUCUACCACUGUACAUGAUCCUAGCUACUGAUCCAUGAUGAUUUGUGCACAUGUGGGUAGGCAGAUCCUUUUUUUUCCUGUGACUACAUCAUCAAAAAAACAUGAAGCAGGCUGUCACAGUACCAUCACUGUCAAGUUGGAAAGGCUGCAGCAUUCAGUUGGGUCUGUUUUCUCACUCAUUGGAUAAUGUAUAAGAUAUAAGUCGGAAGAGAAAGGCAGGUAUGUUAAGUAGUGCUGAGAAAUGUAGCACACACUAAAGGUAGGAUGCUGGACAGCAGAGUUGUGCCCUGUCUUCAAGAGGACAAAUCGCAGGAGUGGUCAGGAAAAGAAAAUUCAUAAAUCAUUUUAGAGAGAUAUUUAUGAACAGCCUUUGUUACACACACACAAAUCAAAACAGUAAAUGCCUGAUACUUUGUAAGACUGGAAGUCAAUAUGCAGUAAUCAGCUAAAUACAAUAGUUGUAAAAUGUUUUAA